AUAACAAUAAAAUCUUCAUACUAUUAUAAAUCUUCAUAAUGGGGUUACUGGGCGAAACAUUUCGCUAUAUAGGACGUUUUUGGAGAACAAAUAUGUAAGAUUGAUAUUAAAAAUUAAAAGAAUUUCUAACAUGUAAAAGAAGUAACAAAAAUUUCUAAAGCUUUGUUUAAAUGCCCUCUAAUAUAUUUAUCUGUUUUUAUUUUAUUUUUCAUUACGAAGAUAAUUUUUAAAAAAGUAAAAUUAAGGAAGAUAUUAUGAGAUUUCCUAAAGCACUUAGUCCCCGCCUGCAAAAGCAAUUGUUAAAACGUUUCGGUGUGUAUGAAAAAGUUAUGCCUGUCGAAACCACUCCGAGCAGAUGGGUUCCUGACCAUAUAGAUAAGCCUGAUUACAUAAUAGGAAAAACAUUAAACACGAGAAUAAGUCCGGAAAUUAAAGAUAAUGAGCAAAUACAAGGAAUGAGAAAUAGUUGUAAUGUGGCUGCAAAUGUAUUAAGAAUCAUUCAACCGUUUAUACUGCCAGGAGUAACAACAGAUGAUAUUGAUGAACUCGUGCAUACAUUAACAUUAGAAGCAAAGGCAUACCCUUCUCCAUUGCACUACAAGGGAUUUCCUAAAAGUGUCUGCACGUCUGUGAAUAAUGUUGCAGUACAUGGCAUACCAGAUCUCAGGCCUCUACAAAAUGGAGAUAUUGUUAAUGUAGAUAUAACAGUGUUCUAUAACGGGUACCAUGGUGAUUGCUCAAAAACAUUUCUCAUUGGAGAUGUUGAUGAUCGAGGAUUAGAACUUGUUAAUGUAACAGAAGAUUGUUUAAAUGAGGCAAUUAAAAUUUGUGGACCAGGUGUUCCUUUCUGUGACAUUGGCUUGAGAAUACACAGGAUAGCGAAAAGAAAUAGACUUUCUGUUCUACCAGCGUUUGUUGGGCAUGGAAUUGGAAAAUACUUUCAUGGCCCACCUGAAAUCUAUCACACAUUAAAUAGAUAUCCUGGGUUAAUGAAACCAGGUAUGACCUUUACCAUCGAACCUGUUCUUUCUCAUGGUAGUGAAAAUACCGUACUAUUAGAAGAUGGAUGGACAGUCAUUACUGAGGACGGUGCGAGAGCUGCUCAGGCAGAGCAUACUGUUUUAAUUACUGAAGAUGGAGCUGAAAUACUUACAAAAUAGUUGUUAUAUUUAAUAAAUUAUUAGUAAAAUAAAUAUACAAUUUAUUACCAA